UCUUCUUUCCCCUUUUUCCCUUACAAUGGCGCACAUGUUUGAGAAGAUGCUGCGGACGACGCACUCUGUCAACCGCGCCGCCGAGCGCCAGUUGCAGCAUCGCCCAGAGAAGGACAAGCUCAUCGGCACCCUGCAGAGCAUCACGAAAGACAUUCAGUACAAGUUCAUUGUGGCCCAGCAGCAGCAGCAGCAGCCGAAGCAGGAGGCUGGGACUGGAACUGGGACUGGGACAACCACUGGAACGUCCUCGUCCUCGUCCUCGUCCGCCGCCACGGGUGCGACUGCCCUCACAGGCUCAUCGCCCGAGGUGGUCGAGCUGUGCACUGCGAUCGAGGCUGUGCUGCGGCACGGGCUCAAGGCGAGCCAUGCGGGCCACUCGCUGGCAUCGAGCGUCUUCCACCACAAUGCUGCGCCACAGCAGUCCAGCGGGACCACUGCCACGACGGGUGCUCAAGCACUCACGAUUGACCCUGUGCGCGACGAGUUCUGGUCGUACGUGGCGACCAUCUCGAGGCCAGAAGUCGUCCAGAUGAUGACCUCGAAACUGGUCAAUGUGCGGACGCCGUUUGGACGCGGGCGAGCGUGGGUCCGCCUUGCACUGAACGAAAAGGCACUCGAAAGCUACUUUGCCAUCAUUCUGAACGACACAAAGGCGCGGCCAAAGCUCUACGAGGACUUUGCCUUCAUCUUUGACCAAGAGCUGGUCCUGCUGCUUCAGACGCUGAUUUCAGGGCUCGAUCUGGUCGAGUUCAACAUUCCCUACGACAUUAACGAGCUGGACAAUCCGCAGUACCCUGCACCACGCCAGCCAACGACUCCGCAACCACAGGCUCAACCAAACACACCGGCUCCGACCCUGUCUCCAUCUUCAGCGACGGGUGUGCCCGUGAUGACUGCGCAAGCUGCGGUGCAACAGCAGCAGCCGCCGCUUCCCGCUUCCCCUGCUCCCGGCCCGCCCGGCUCCCCUCUCAAUUUGAGCGGCCUCGUCGUGUCCGCCCCUGCCUCGGAUGACGCGCUUGUUGUUUCCCACCACGUCCGUAAAGCCAAAAAGCCCAAAGCCGACGCGCCAAUCGCCGAUGGCAGCGCGGACAACGCCGCCGCUAUCGCUGUGGCCGUCAAAAAGAAAAAGAAGUCUGUUGCCACGAUCUCGACCCCGCCCGCCACCGCGAACGUAUCCAGCGAGCCGCCGCUUCCUGCGGUUGCUGCUGCGUCUGAGGCUGCCCCCGCUCCUGUCGCAACUCCUGCUAAACCAGCUGCUGCGUCGGUCACGCCUGCGCCUGCCCCUGCUCCCGUGACUCUUCCUGCCGUCUCGGCUCUGCCUGUUGCAAAUGCAACAGUGCCCGUGGCGGCGCCCGUCCCUUCUAAUCCUCCCGCGCCGGUUCUCAGCUCUGCGGCUGUUCCAACGGCGGCACCGACUCCCGCCAUUCCCAGAGCUGCUGCUUCGACAGCGGCUCCGUCGGUCUCGGCUCCAUCAACGACCGCUGCUCCGACAGCUGCUCAGCCGGUGGCCGCACCCACCCCAGCAGUCAUCACAGCCACGAAAGCUUCAAAGCCCGCUGCAACCAAGGUCGCCAAAGACGAAGUUCAGAUUGGCAGUCGCUGGGGCGCAGCUCCUUCUGUUCUCUCGCCAACGUCAGAGCCAUCCACCAUCGAUGAAACCUUGCCCGCAAAGUCGUCAAUCGAGGCACGAUACCAUCUCCCCGAGGAGAGCUUUACCUUUGAGGACUUGAUGAACUCGCCAGCCGUGGUCAGCAUGAAACCGGAUGGAGCAACGCGUGGCCCUGCUGGGACAACCGGUGCUGGUGCUGCCGCUGCCACCUCCUCCUCCUCGAGUGACGCAGGAGCCCUUGCACAAUCUGCAAAAAUCCCGACCGCUGCAGAUGCGUUGAUUAUGCCGCGCACCAACAUUGACGCCGAGGCCAUCCGCGCACGCGCCGCGUUGGAUACAGCCGCUCCUCUUCCCGAGACCGACUACAUGCAAGUUGCUCAGCACUUGAUGCACAAUUCGUCAUCCCCUCCGCCUGCAGAGCCCCUCAACGGUGGAGCGCACGACGUUUCGACAUCCUCGACGCUGUCUUCCGUUCCUGCGUCUGUCGCGUCCAGCUAUUCAUCCCUCGUCUCGGACUCGAUCAAAAGCACCACGACAGAGAGCUCCAAUCCUUCCCGAAGUGCUUCGGCUGCUCCCACCCAACCCGACGUGAUCACUUCGUCCACCACUGCUUCGCGCACGUAUUUGGACAUUGGCGCCGAUCGCGCCCGCCGAGCUGCUCAGCAGGCCAUCGUCCCAGUCGACAACACUGUCAAGCUGUCGCUGCUGCUGCACGUCUUCCAAUCUGAUGACGAGCAGGUGUCCUUCCUCACAACCAUUCGCCGAGUCGACAACACGAAUGGCAAAAUCGAGCACACUGGCUUCUUCCUCAUCACCACGCGAGCAUUCUACAUUCUCAACAGCCUGGGCGGCGCUCCCGAGACUGCCUCGUCCAUGAACAUGCAAACUCUCGGCUCGGAGGACGGCACGCUGGUCGACACUGCCGUUGAGCAGUCGUACCCGGUGCCCGAGCUCCGCAGAGUCGUCACCGGCUUGAACGGACAAAGUGUCACGCUGGACUUUGGCGGCGCAGCCAAGCCCAUUCUUCUCACCCGCGAUGAAGAGGCGGCGAGCUUGAUUGUCGCCCAAAUCAAAAUCAUUUACGCGAAACGUGGCAUCAAGACCGACCCGCUCCCUGCGUUCACCUCUGACGACUCAGACCACUCCUCUGCCAUCCGCGCUGCCGUUGCGCGCAAGGAGAAUGACGCUGGCGCGAUUGUGCGGUUGUAUUCGCUCGUGCACUGGCGCUCAGUCCAGGGCGUCAAAGGCGAUUCUGCAUCCGACACAAUGUCUGAUCGCCAUCCCUCUGGCGGCGCGCUGGCGGAGGGUGAAGAGCUCGACGCUGCUGCUGCUGCUGCUGCUGCUGCUGCCUCCGAUUCUGCAGCGACGCCUGGGCUGAACAAUGAGCGCAAGGUCACGUCCAUUGCGCUUUCCCUCAUGUUGCAAGGAGUCGACUACAUGCGCCCAGUCAAGCACAAAGCCGGCGUCCUGCCUCACAGCGCUGGAUCGUCGCGGCUGUACGCGGCCAAAGCGGGUGCGCUCAACUAUCGCGGCCACCAGUUCAAGAUGACACACUGGAAGCAAAACUUUUUCCUGCUGCAAGAAGGUGUCUUGUACCACUAUCGGAGCAACACCGACCCGCACCCCAAGCUCGCUAUGCCCGUGCAAGCCAGCUCCUUCCACAUCCGACGCAUCAAAGAGUCGGGCCAGCCGUUCGCCUUUGAAGUGACGUGCUCGCAGCCGCUUCCAAUCCCGGGCGUUGAGCCGCCCAAGAGCAUCCUGGGCUUGUCGAGUGCUCCCGAAGACCGAUCGUUUGUCGUCUCGGCGACAACCGAGCAGCAGAUGGACCAGUGGAUUGCUGCGCUGUGCUUGAGUCACGUCGAGCCGCUGCAGCGCCCAGGCCGCCACCUGUUCAAGGAAGGAUCCGUCCGGUACAAGCGUGUCUCGCUGGUACCUGGCGCGUCUCCGAGCGAGCGCACCACGCUCAUCAACUCGAUGGCUUCCGUCAAGGCCAUCGACGCGUAUCUGUACCUCUUCAACGACCUGCUGCUGGUCACCACUCCCACAGACAUUGAGGGCAAGUUUGAGCUGCUGCAUGCGAUUCCGGUCUCGGCCGUUCAGCCGGCACAUGGCGGUUUGCUCGACCAGAUGCAAAUGCACACCUUGGAUCAGCAUCCACAACCGCAGCUGCGCAAACAGCUCGAGGCGACUCUCAAGAACACGUGUGUCUUUACGCUGUCGUCGCCCAUUGUCACGAUGGAGCUGGAGGCAGAGUCCAUUGGUGACCGCCAGGAUUGGGUUCAGCGCAUCACCGCCAAAGCCGAGAGCCGUCGUGUGGUUGGCAACAACGGCAGCGGUCAAAAGGAAGGCCAAGGCGAUACGCUCUUUACGAGCAACGACUCCAACAUGCUUGACAUGCUCGCCAUGCCCUUCACCAAGGUGUUCAAGUCGCUCGAGGAGAUUGGCGGCACGGUGGUCACGGGUGUGACUGCGCUGGGUGCGCUUCCUGCCGCGAUGGCCAAGCUCAGCAUUUCCUCGUCCAUUCCCGUCCUGGGUCUGUCCGCAGCCCCCGUCAUUCACACUAUUGCCCCGACUCCUCCGAAUGGAUUUGCCGCGGCGGCGCUGCUCGUCUCCGACCGCGCGCUCCACCUCUGCGAGGAAAACCUGCGGCAGAACUCCGUCACCGUUCUUGCGACGCGCGGCCUCGACGCCAUCACCAAUCUGCGGAUUGACGCCCAGUACGACCCUGACAUGACCUCGUACUGCACUGUCAUGUUUGAUGACAUUGAGCACCGCGACGACAAAUCGUGGCAGCUCGCGUUCAAGACCGUCUCCGAGACGGACAAGUUCCGCGCCGCUCUCGAGUCUGCCUGGAAGGCCUUGUUUGGCGUUGAGCUCAAGGUUCAAGUUGACAUGUGAAGUUUUUGUUGUUGGUUUCUUGGUGUGUCUCCU